AUGGCAGUGCUUAUUAUGAAUCUUGGCUUCAUUGUUCCGCUUGCUGAUCAGCCGGAACAAUGUUACAAUGAGAUCACCCCCCACAGCAUGAAGUCCAGCAAGGUCUGUGGCGCUUCUGGCGCCCUCCUCCUGCUUGGUGGCUGGGCCGGUGUCAUGUGGGUCUUCCUGCGAUCGUUGUCUCUGCAUCUGCAGAUCUGCUGGCAAGUCGUCGUGGGCCGGACCUUCAUGAUCUUUGCACAAGCCACGGGUUGGGGCAUUCCCUUGAUUGGCAUUGUCGUCGCUCUCGUCUUCAGCGGCGUGUCGUUCCGCUUCGGUGCAACCUGCCACAUCAACCACAAAAACAGCCUUGCGGAUUUUUGGAUUCCUCUUCUGGUCUUCGCUGGACUCACAGUCAUCAUCCAGUUCGCCACCUUUGGAUACUGCAUCAAGGUUUACCUGGCCUCUCUUGCUGACAACAGCGCAACGACUGAAGGAUCAAGCCUCCCCACUUACGCCGGCAGCGUCAACACCAUGAGCCCCCGCCAGGCGUAUCGACGAGUACAGCGCGUCAUCCAGCUCCAAUGGAGAGGUAUCGCUAUUGUUCUUAUCAUUGUUACCGACGUCAUCUUCUUCUCGCUUGUGUUUGUCUUCCAAGACAACACUGUCCAGGCAGUGCAUAACGACCAGAGUAUUGCCCAGGAUUGGGUCCUGUGCCUCAUCGGCGCAAAGGGCGAUCGAACCCAGUGCUACGACAAGGCCAAGUCGCUGGUUGUCAACGAGGCAACCAUCACAGCCGUCUUGGUCCUCCUCUCGAUGAACGGCAUCUGGCUACUCUUCCUACUGGGCCGCUGGGCCAUGGUCCUCGGUUGGAUAGACCUAUUCUCUUCCUGCGGCAGAAGCAAGAAGGAGUUCGUAUCGGUGGAUGCCCGAUACGAUGUGAAAAAAGAUACCCGUGCUCAAAUCACCGAUAGCGAGUCCCAGCAGCGGACGAAGAACACCCGAUUACUUUGGGCCAACGGCUCGCUACCAGCCGCCGAUGCGGUCUUUCUCAAGCCCUCGACCGCCGCAAACACCGCCAGCCUGGGACGCUCAAGCGACUUACGCCCGGCCCGAAUCACGACCCCGAGGGGAGGGGCUUGA